UGUGCCCAGAGGCAACUUGAUUCGUUGACGAGGGUCAAGUUUGUUGGAAAAAUCAUCGACUACUAAAACAACGGCUUCCUUUCCUCCCUUUGAGCAAGCAAGGUGUUUGACUCCGGAAAUCUGCAGAACGAAGGAGCUGUGCCUGUUUGUCAUGCUACAGAAUGCAUGCGCGCGGAGGCAGGCAGCUGUCAACAUUUCAACCAAACCGCAGAGACAGGAGUGCGUUAUUUAUUCACCGGUGAAGUCACGUGCAUUUUAAGAUUUUAUGUUUUUUUCUUGAGGCAAAUAUGGUGUUGAGCUUGGUGCGGUGAAACAUCCGUCUUCUCUUGUGACUCCCUCAAUGAGACUCACUUUCCGUUAGCUCUAUUUUACAAUUCUAUAAUGGUUCACUGCUAAUUCAUAUCUGUUAAGCCAGCAUAAUAAGAUUUUGUGGAUACUGGGCCUAUCCUUGUCUAAGUAGAUCUUGUUUUAAUACCCAAUGCCCCAUUCGAACAGCUUUAUGGCUAACAUUUAGCUAAUUGUUGCUGUCCCAAAUUGUUGCUUGGAACCUAAUCAUGAAUAAUUUAUUGCAAUACAAAGCCGUGUGACUUCCGUUAUCAGCGUUGUAAUUUUUAAGAUACAUAGGAAAAACGGACUAUAGUCUGCGAACAAAGUGACAUGACGCAAACAAAGAAUAAUUGCACCAGUUGGAGUGCUACGAUGGAUUCCUGCUUGGACUUUGAAGAGUGCAUCAAGGACUCUCCGCGAUUCAGGGCCUCCUUGGACCAGUGCGAGAGUGAUGUAACGGAAUUGGAGAGUCGUGUCGGGAAGGUGAUGAAGAUGUGCAGUAAGAUGGUGGAGGCUGGACAGGCAUACAACAACGCCAAUCAGCUGUUCUUGGCUGCGUUGGCAGAGUUCUCCCUGUAUCAUAAGCGUGACAAUGUCAUCAUGAACUGUCUGCGUCAGUUUAAUCAGGGCCUACAGGAGAUGAUGCAGUUCCAUACGAUGCUGUUUGAUCAGACUCAGAGAGCAAUCACACAGCAGCUGACGAACCUGCUGUCACAGUUCCUGCCGCAGAUAAAGGACACGCGAAGGGAAUUUGUGCGUAUUGGGGACGACCUGGAGACGGCCGCUGCGAAGAACGCCCAGAUAUCACGACACAAGGCCACGGAUGCCGAGAGGGCCAGUCACCUACUGCUUGCCACACGCAAGUGUCAUCAACACUUUGCCCUGGACUACUGCUUGCAGCUGAACAACUUUAAAGUCCAACAGAAGCUGGACAUCUUGAACUCGGUCUUCUCCUACUUCCAUGCGCAAUACACCUUCUUCCAUCAAGGCUAUGACUUACUCAAAGACCUGGAGCCCACCAUGAAAACUAUGGCAACGCAGCUCGCUCAACUCUCUACAGACGUCUCAGCCAAAAGGAAAGAUCUGGAGAAUAGACACCUUCUGGUACAGCAGAGAGACGCCUCAGGGGAGUCUGUGGUGGCCUGUACCCCAGCAGAUGGAGGGACCAUCCAGGGCUACCUCUUCAAGCGCUCUCGCAGGAAGAACAAGAUGUGGAAGAGAUGCUGGUUCUCCACUGAAAGCAACCAACUAGUGUACACUAAAUCCCACAAGGAGGAGCCCACUGUGCUGUUCGAUGACCUCAGGCUGUGUGCUGUGAAGCCGCUGGAUACCAUUGACCGGCGCUUUUGUUUCGAGCUGGUGUCAGUUCAGAAAUGCUGUGCCCUCCAGGCGGACUCGGAGGAGCUGAAGCAGGCCUGGAUCAAUGCGGUGCAGGGCAGCAUAGACAUGGCCUACCGCGAGAAGGAGGAGGCACCAUCACCUCAGCCUAAAGAGAGCUGUCCCCCGGUACAGUCUGUGUCGUCCCCCCAGCCGGGGCAGGGGGCCCCCAGGCAGGCGGUGCUGGGUGUGGCCCUCAGGGGCCUGGGGAACCUGCGCUGCUGCGACUGCGGAGAGGAGGAGCCGCGCUGGGCCAGCGUCAACCUGGGCAUCACCAUGUGCAUCGAGUGCUCUGGCAUCCACAGGAGCCUAGGGGUACAUCUGUCUAAAGUGCGAUCGCUCACUCUAGACUCAUGGGAUCCUGAACAAAUUAAGCUACUUUGUAUACUGGGGAAUGACGUCAUCAACGGCAUCUAUGAGGAGUGUAGUACAGAAGACGGCAUUAAGAAGCCCACAUCACAGAGCCCACGCCAGGAAAAAGAGACGUGGAUCAAGGACAAGUAUGUGGAGAAGAAGUUCGUGCGAAAGGCCAGUUCACCCGAUUUAGAAACGGCCAGGUGUGAUAAUGGUCGGAGGCUGUUCCAGGCAGCUCUCCAGGGGGACCUGGUUGCCAUGGCAGCAGCGUUGGCCCAGGGGGCGGAGGUGAAUUGGAGCGACCCAGAGCAGGAGGGGAGAACCGCCCUGAUUGGUGCAGCCAUCGGCGGUUCCCUUUUGGCGUGUGAGUUCUUGCUCCAGAACGGAGCCAACGUUAACUACAGGGACCAGAGGGGCCAGGGGUCCCUGCAUGCUGCUGCCAUCGGGGGCCACACAGGGCAGGUGUGCCUGCUCCUGAAGAGGGGAGCCAAUCAAUACGCAGCUGAUGAAAAGGGAAAUGACCCGCUCAGUAUCGCCAUGGAGACUGCUCAUGCAGACAUCGUUACUCUGCUAAGAAUGGCACGCAUGAAUGAGGAGAUGAGAGAUUCUGAGGGAUUCUUUGGUUCAAUUGGAGAUGACGAGACAUUCCAGGACAUCUUCCGUGACUUCAGCGACAUGGCGUCCCACACUCCGGAGAAGCUGACGCGUAGGCAGUUCAGCAGGAGCACGGACGAGGAGAGCAUGAGCGAGGGAGGCCGGCUGGCAAGCACCUCCACCCAGGAUGAGGACCCAGGAGGAGGAAGCGGCGGAGGAGGAGGAGGAGGUGGUGGUGGAGGAGGAGAGGUGGACACCUAGUCUGGAUCUCAAUAUUCCUCCUCUGGCUGUUUCUUUCACCUGAUGUGGAGAAGAGGAGGAGGAGGAGAAGAAGGAAGAUAAAUACUCUGGGUCUGUGUAUCCCUCCUCCUGCUAUGUCCUCCAUCUGAUGGGGAGAAGAGGAGGAGGAGGAGGACACUUGGGACCCCAUGCAAUAUCAAUAUCCCUCCUCCACUCGUUCCCUUUGUAAUCCAACUUUAUGCUUCAAAGCUUGGCAUCAUCGAGGAGGACCUCUCAUUACACAAAAGGAUGGAGCACAAGGACAAGGCCGUAGGACCGAGGCAAGAUGUUGGCAAAAGAAGCUUGAUUCCGCCAUCUUCCCUUGACGGGUAGCUGGAGGAUAGAGGAAACGUUUGGAGGAGGGAUAUUGAUCCGGACACACCCUAUGCUGUCACUCCAGCUACUUAUACACGUCACCACAUCUGGCCUCCAUAGGGUUUUGGAGUUAAUUGUGGGAUUGUUUAGACAGUAUUGUUUUGUUUGUUGUUUGUCCAUUGUUUUCCGUUUUGUUUUACCACUUCAGGAAAGUUUUAAUAUCAGGAAACGUAGUGUCGGACUUAACCACACCGUUACACAGAGGAAUAUUAUUAACACAAGAAGGGGAAGAGAAUAGGGGGGGGAAAUCUCAAUAUCCCUCGGGCACAUUCAUAUCCCUUGUCUUCCUCCCACCCCACACACCAGAAUGGCAUCAUGUAAAAUACAUACCGUAGGUAUCUCACGCCAGUGCUUUCCUCAUUUAGGUGUGACGCCUUUGCAAGUAAUGUCGUGGUCCUGAGCGCCGCGGCAAAAAAAACAAAAACAUUUUUGUCACGUGACGAGGUUUCCCUCUUUCUCUGUGAAUUUUUGUUACCAGGGCGAAUUUCUAAUGCUAAAUGCGAAAAUGCUCUGCUGUGCCCUGACCAAGACCAUGCCAAACCCUAAUCUGGCAGCAAAGCAAUGUUUCUGCUGCUCUACUUUUGCCAAGCACAGCAAAACAUGCAAGGGAAAUGGCGAAUUUAUUGCGAUAUUGUUUCCAGACCAAAACCUAACCUGUCACAGGGCGUUGGGAAGUACGAGUCAACAUGCCAAGGCGUCGUGCACAAACGCAAUAGACGGUUCAAAUCGGCGUGUUAUCUUACUUACUUUAAUGAUGCCAUUUUGCACACACAUACACUUGAACAGACCAUGUGGUUUAGGAAGCCUCCAUCUAUUUGAAUCCCCCUGUCUCUUACUUAAUCCGACUCAUUUGUCACUCGAGGAUCUGUGGUUUUAUCAAAAACCAUUUGAGGUUGACUAAAGGAAGCAGAGCAAGUUGUGUUAUGCUUUUAGAGUUGAUUUAUCAUGCAAGUGAGGAAAGUGAGGAAAAGUUACAUAGGAAACUUCAGAAAGCAUAUUAUCCAACUGGGUAAUUAUUAUGUCUGUGUGGUAAUAGAGGCUGGACAAUAGCCGUGUCAUUUAUACUACAAGUGGCUUUCUGACUGAUGUGCACAAGAAUCACUUAUCGACUUUGUAAAAACUGUAGUGUUUGUUUACCACAACAAAAUGGUAGUCCUAAGUGGUAGGUUAGAUCUUAAUUUUUUUUGGUGGUGCACAUAUUCCAGCCAAUGACAGUGGUGCUGGAAAAUCUACUACUGAAUAGUAAAAUGGAAGAAGCUAAGGACGGCACUCCCAGAUUUUUUCAGUUAAAACUUUUAAGACACGUGAAUAGGCGAUAGUGUAAGCGUGCCUUUUCCACAUAUCAUGGAAAUACGUUGUGGAUCAGAAUGUUGUAUCUAUGGCUACGUUUAAUUCUGAAUAAAGCUUAAUUCAGCUUUGAAAACAGCAUGUAAACAUGUAACACUUCGGAAUUAAAUGAAUGAUCAAUGUAAACUAGACUGAACUAAUUAAUUCAGAAUGAUUAAUUCUGAAUUAAAAAUCGUCAUGUAAACGUAGUGAAUGGCACCUUGUGGAUGGACAUUUGGAGGUAGAGAACGCUGGUAGCACAGUAUGUAUAGGGGGCAUUCAUAUGAAGGAGUUUCAGGUUUGUGUAGAGUAAGCUGAUCUCAGGUCUUGUGUGGUAUGUCUGCUAACGAAAGGUCUAUUUUUAGAAAGCCUUGCCAGGUUUUGCUAUUUUUGUUUACUACCAGUAUGUGCUACUUGAUUACACUUGUAAGUCUUAUACCUUUUACUUGAAGGAUUAUUAUACAGAUGCAUGAUGAUAACCCUGCAAAUAAUAUAGGAGUAUACGCGAGGACUUACAUUCUUGCUCUUAAACAGACCACUGGCCAGAUCCUUCUCUUAGGAAAUUUGCAAGACAAAGGGAAAAGUAUUACAAAAUAUUUGUUUGUUUUUUUAAAGAGUAAUGUUUGCUUCAUUGUGUAGGAGGACUUUAUGGAUUUUAGCUUAAACAUUGUGUGCACAUAUGUAAACUUAAAUGAAUAUUAUACUGUUUCUUUUUGUGUGUGUUUGCUAAGUGAUGGCGCUUAAAUAUUGGAUUAUUUCUCACUGAUGAACUACUGUGGAUUUGUGCCGCCCUCAAGAGCCACUAAAUGCCUGUCUCCUCAUUUCAAAUCUCACUGCUCAUGGGGCAAUGAGCUAAUAUUGUGGAAAGCUGUUACUGUGGGAUAUAUUUGUGUAUGCACUAAAUGGAACAUAGAAAACAACUGCUCUCCAUAUUGAUAUAAGAAAGUACUACAUUAUUAUAUUAACAAAAUGUUAUGUUGUAACACAAUGCAUUAUUAAAAAUACAGUUUAUUUAACAAAC